AUGAAGUGUUUCUCUUUGCAGUUGGUCCGCAAAUUUCUCAUUCUUUCAGCAGCAAUGAUGGUCUUAAUCAAUCUACUUUGCAUGUGGAAAGUUAGCGACCAGAUAGAAAAAGAGAAAGAAAAGAAACUGGAAGCAAAGUUAACGAUAAAGCUAGAAAAGGUCAACCACUCGCCUUUCAUUAAACCCUGGCAUUCGAAAGUAACAACCGAAUCUGGUCAGCAGUCUACCUCUCGAGGACAGCUUAGUACAGAUCGAUGGAAACAGGAGGAAAAAUCACCAGUAAUACCUGUGUAUCAUACUUCAUUUAGGGAAAAUAAAAUUUCCACUGACAACAACAGAAUUAAGCAACGUAAGGCCAGUUCUGAAUGGCCGACAAAACAGGUAAGAAGAUUCUACCUCGCACCACCGAAUCCCGGUAACUCGAACCCUCUAUAACUCGAACCUUCCGCUAACUCGAAGCGAUUUACAUUUCCCCUCAGAUCGUUUUCUAUAUCAUUUUACCCUCGAUAACUCGAACUCCCAAGAAGUCAAACUUUUUUCUAUUUCCCUUGACGGUUGGAAUUAUCAGGAGUCAACUGAUGAUGGCCAUAACUGUUGAGUUUGUGGAUGACGUCCCAAGUGUGACCCAGGCACAAAAAAUACUGACUCGAUUUCCUAAACGAACGCGAGGGCGAAAGCUUCUUCGGACAUCUUCGUUAGUCUUCGGAAAUCUUCGACAGUCUUCGGGAAUCGUCGGUAGCCUUUGGAAAUCUUCUGAUGAAAUAAUCUGGAAUUGUCUCAAAAUGGCUGAAAACUCCUUGAUAUAUGACUAAACAAAAUAAUAUUGGCCUUUUUGGAGCCGUUUUUGCUCCUUUCAGGAAAAAAUUUACUGCUUCACAUAAUUUUUUACUGUUAGUGUUAAUGCCUAAAGUUUAACUGUUUCAUGUUCAAACCCAAAAAAAAGGAACUGUUUGAUUGUCAUCGAGGAACCCCCAUUCAGACAUUCAAAUCCCCUUUCUUGGGUUUCUGAGUCAUUCAAACGGGAUAUUGGCCAGUUCCAUUCUCCUCGCGGAAGGAGCCUUUCAAAUCGGCGGGUUAUUUCAUAAAGAUCAAUUUCCAUACCGUAGUGGAUAUGAAGAAAGAUUUCAACUUGGAAAGUUUAAUUGUUAAUUUAAAAUAUUUUGUUGUGAAAAAUCUGACCGAUUUCCGAAAAACGGUGGAAACUGGUGUAAAUCGGGCCAGUGACCAUGCAUUCUUUAAUUAAAGAUUGAGUUCCCGGCGUGUAGCAUGCAGUCUUUCUUAGAAUUGAACCAAGAACCAGAGGAUAGAGGCCGAAGGCAGCGGACGCCUAUAAACGUUUCCACAGAUAUGAUCUUCUAAGACUUACUUUAAGUAACAGAAUGGCUUGAAAAUCUAAAUUGAAUAUUUUUGAGCUUGGAAGCAAGUUCUCUGAACUGUUUUUCAGUUGCUCGGAAAUGAAAGGUACGCUACAAAAGUUACCUGCAAAUUAUUGCAACCUCAUGACCAGGGUCCUCUCUUUUCCUUACUCGAAGAAGAAAAAGAGAGUGCAGAAAUUUGGUUGGCUACAUUUAUUUAUUAUCAUGGCAUGAUGUUAGAUGGUAUCUAAAUGGUGUCCUAAGGAUAUCAAAGCUGAUAUAAGUAUGCCCAUCAACGCAAAGGCUAGAUUUGAAAGGAGAGAGGAUAAUCACGGGUAGUCGCUUUGUCAAGGAGAAAUAACUGUCUACACGUACACUUCUCUGUAGGUACAUACCCUAACGCCACUGGCACACGAAGAUGAUUUGCACAGAACCUUUGCCCCUCAAGAGUAUAUCAAAGUAAGUGAUAUCUGCCUCUAA